UCAGAAUACGGGUGAGGAAAAACACCGGGAGGAAAAAAAAACAAAAAAAAAAACUGUCAUGUUUUGACAAGGAAACAAGCGAAAGAGAAAAGUCCGACAUUUUAACAAACGUCUUAAUAUUAACAAAUAUCAGCGACUCGUCCAUCUUCACUUCAAGUCAAAACAAGCGCUAAAGUGAGAGACUGAACGUAUUCGUCUCGGAGCGUCUGGACUCGGAUUCCGCGUUGUCAUGGCGGGUCGACCCAACGGGCCGGCCGCGGGGAAUAAGAUCUGCCAGUUUAAGCUGGUUCUGCUGGGCGAGUCGGCUGUCGGGAAGUCCAGUCUGGUCCUGCGCUUCGUCAAGGGCCAGUUCCACGAGUACCAGGAGAGCACCAUCGGAGCGGCGUUCCUCACGCAGACCGUGUGCCUGGACGACACGACGGUAAAGUUCGAGAUUUGGGACACAGCCGGACAGGAACGCUACCACAGCCUGGCACCCAUGUACUACAGAGGAGCUCAGGCGGCCAUCAUCGUCUACGACAUCACUAAUACGGACACGUUUGCGCGAGCGAAGAACUGGGUGAACGAGCUGCAGAAACAGGCGAGUCCCAACAUCGUCAUCGCGCUGUCUGGGAACAAAGCCGACCUGGCUAACAAGAGAGCUGUCGAUUUCCAGGAAGCGCAGGCGUACGCCGAUGAUAACGGCCUGCUGUUCAUGGAGACGUCGGCCAAAACCGCCAUGAACGUCAACGAGAUAUUUAUGGCCAUUGCGAAGAAGCUGCCGAAGAGUGAGCCUCAAGCUGGGGGAGGCGGGGCCAGCGGGCGGGGCCGGACAGGCGUGGACCUCCAAGACUCCACCACCCAGAGUUCCACAGGGAAAUGCUGCAACUGAUUGGCUGAUUCCGGUAGCAAAAAUGGGUCCAAACAGAGACGCGGAGGAGCCGAAGACGAGCGCCUGGCAUUUAUAGUGAUGAUGAUGAUUAUGAUUCCUUCAGAGAUUAUGUUUUUGAUCUUUUUUUUUCCCCCUAAAGAGAUCAUAUAAGCUAGCACUUCCUGUCUCUCUCUCUCUUUCACUUCCUGUCUGGUUUAUCCAUCUUUUAUGAAAAUACUAACACCAUUCGUGUCUCAAAGCUUGUUUUAAAAAGGAAAAAAUACAAAACAAAAACACAGUAACGCAGCUGUCAGGGUUGUUUCGGUGGUGGGUGGUGCGUGCACCACUUUUCCCUCCUCCCCUUUGUUAUUUAGUUUUUGUCCCAUUUUUGUCGCGUAAUGAUCUUAACGAUGAGCUCACAGCGGGAAUCUUACACCCAAAUCAUUUUGUGCACAAACUGUGAGUGUUGUUUUUAUCGCAACGGUGGACAUCAUGGCAUUAUUAUCGGGGUUCUGUGUGUGUGUGUGUGUGUGUGUGUGUGUGUGUGUGUGUGUGGGAUGUGUGUGGGGAUGUGCAUUACCUCUGACACCUGAAGAAAAGUUUUUAACAUCGUGGUUUUUCAAUCUGUAAAGAGGGGAAAUAAAAAAACAAGGAGGGAAA